AUUAUUACCACAUACAUUCUUAUUGUCAGUAGUGUGCCAUAGCGAUAACACGUAUCUGAAUAAAUAAUGAGUUCACAACUUACAGUAGAACAAAACGAUUGCAUAAGAAAAAUAGCUGAAAAUGAGAAUAUUAGUGAUUAUUUGUUGGAAGUCAGCUCUGGUUCAGUGAAGGGUGAUGGCUACUUGGGGAUUAUGUCAACCGUAAAUAUAAUUAGUGAACGCAAGAAGCUAAAUUUAAUAAUAAAAACAGCUGAGACCAAUGAGGAGUUGCGAAAGAAAAUUGUGAUCAGAAAGGCAUACCUAAGAGAAAUGUUUACCUACAACAAAAUAUUCCUGGAAUUUGAAAAUUUCCAGAGAAAACGAAACAUGCGGAAUGGUUUUACUGCAUUUGCAAAAAUAUACGGAAGCUGCGAUGAGGACUGUAAAGAAUUCUUAAUUUUCGAAAAUUUGAAGGAAGUUGGUUACAAAUUAUGGAACCGUAAAGUUCCCAUGGAUGCGGAACAUGUAGCAUUAGUAUUUUCCGAAUAUGGAAAAUUCCACGCCGUGUCUUUAGCCAUAAGAGACCAGGAUCCCGAAAUGUAUAAAGAACUUACUAAAGAUCUUAUGAGUAUAUUUGAAGAUUCAUAUUCCAAAGAAGAGUUCGAUCACGCAGCGAAAAUUAAUAUAGAUAAAGGUUUUAGAGCCGUUAAAGGUGACAAUAACGCUACAGAAGCACUACGAAGAUUUUCUGAUUCCCUUGCAACUUUAUUCGAGCAUUUUAACAUACCAGAAAAUGGUAUAGUUAUUAAUCAUGGAGACUGUUGGUGUAACAAUAUGAUGUUUAAGUAUGGGGACAGUCGAAAUACCCACAAACCGACAAAAGUUUGUUUACUGGAUUGGCAGUUAACAAAAACAGGCUCUCCGGUUUACGAUUUGGCAUAUUUCUUUUUUGCCUGCGGUUCAAAAGAUAUUUUUUAUGACUAUAAGAAAUAUCUUAAAAUAUACCAUGAAACUGUUUCGAAAAAUUUAAUUGAACUCUCCUGUGACCCUGAGAAAAUAUUUCCUUACACGUUAUUGGAGCACCACUGGAAAAUGCAUGCAAAGUUUGGUCUCUUCAUGGCUCUUAUGGUAUUAACCGUGAUGUUAAGCGAAGUAGAGGAAGUUAAAGAACUUACAGACGCAGUCGAAAAUAACGAAUCUAUUUUCGAAACCUUCAAUUAUGACGGUAUUAACAUAAACGAGUAUAAUAAAAGAAUUUUAGAUAUUGUAACUUUUAUGGCAGAACAUGAAUUGAUUUAGGAGUACAAUUUAAUUAAUUAAUAAUUAAUAGUUUGAAAUUAUUAAAUCAUGUAGUUAUUGAAUCUAGCUAUAAUGUGAUAUACCUAAACCUAAAAAAAAUUAAAAUGUUUUUAUUACGCAAUUUUUUUCAAAUGGCCAUAGAUUCACUUAAGGAAAAUAAUUACUCAGUUUUACGUAGUUCAUAGAUUGUUGAAAGUUUAUAGUCAAACGAAGAAGUGUAAAUAGUAAGUAAGAAAGCAUGGCAUUCUUGUACAGUAUUGGUCAUAGUAGGUAAAAGUUUUGAUGAAAUAAAGAAAUUAUUUUUGUUUCA